AUGUACCUCUCCUCCGGCAGCGGCCUGGCCCCGGCGCUGGUGCUGGCCCUGCUCAUCGAGCUGUUCCUGAGCGGCAUGGUGGGUGCGACACCAGCCCCGGGAAACCGCUGGGGGCAGGACGGGCCGGUCCCACCCGCCUUCCGCACCUCCUCGGUGCUCCUGGACGCCUCAGGCCAGCUGCGCUUGGUGGACGGCCGCCACCCUGAUGCUGUGGCCUGGGCCAACUUCACCAACGCCAUCCGCGAGACCGGCUCCUGUCUCCAUGGGGGGCCGUUUACCACCUCCGAGGCUGUAGUACAGCGGUCGGGACCAAGUCUCUGCUUGGGCAGGGACUAA